AUGCGACCAGCUCGAGAGAACGCAUCAGGUGAGAGAAGCCCGCGCGUUCCCGCCGACUUCGCGCGGAGCAGUUCCGCAAGCCUGUCCUUCCCGCCUGACCCUCCGGCCCUCCGGCCCCCAAACGCCACUCCAACGGAGUCCUCCGGCCUUUUCACCGUGGCCGCUCCAGCCUCCGGAGCGCCUUCUCCUCCCGCCACGCUGGCGCACCUUCUUCCCGCCCCGGCAAUGUACAGCCUGCUGGAGACUGAACUCAAGAACCCCGUGGGGCCGCCCACCCCAACAGCGGCCACCGGCGGACCCCCAGCCCCAGGCGGAGCAGGCAAGAGUAACGCGAACCCAGCCAGCGGCGCGAACGCAGGCAGCGGUGGCGCGAACGGCGGCGGCGGGGGCAGCGACCAGGAUCGCGUAAAGCGGCCCAUGAACGCUUUCAUGGUCUGGUCCCGCGGGCAGCGGCGCAAGAUGGCCCUGGAGAACCCCAAGAUGCACAACUCUGAAAUCAGCAAGCGCUUGGGCGCCGACUGGAAACUGCUGACCGACGCCGAGAAGCGACCGUUCAUCGACGAGGCCAAGCGACUGCGUGCAGUGCACAUGAAGGAGUAUCCGGACUACAAGUACCGGCCGCGCCGCAAGACCAAGACGCUGCUCAAGAAGGACAAGUACUCCCUGCCCGGCGGCCUCCUGCCCCCGGGCGCCGCCGCCGCCGCGGCCGCCGCAGCCGCCGCCGCGGCAGCUAGCAGCCCAGUGGGCGUGGGCCAGCGCCUGGACACGUACUCGCACGUGAACGGCUGGGCCAACGGAGCGUACUCGCUGGUGCAGGAGCAACUGGGCUACGCGCAGCCCCCGAGCAUGAGCAGCCCGCCGCCGCCGCCAGCGCUACCGCAGAUGCACCGCUACGACAUGGCUGGCCUGCAGUACAGCCCCAUGAUGCCACCCGGCGCCCAGAGCUACAUGAACGCCGCGGCCGCCGCGGCCGCCGCCUCGGGCUAUGGGGGCAUGGCGCCUUCGGCCGCCGCCGCGGCCGCCGCCGCCUACGGGCAACAGCCCGCCGCCGCAGCGGCCGCAGCUGCUGCCGCCAUGAGCCUGGGCCCCAUGGGCUCCGUGGUGAAGUCGGAGCCCAGCUCGCCGCCGCCCGCCAUCGCUUCGCACUCGCAGCGCGCGUGUCUUGGCGACCUGCGCGACAUGAUCAGCAUGUACCUGCCACCUGGCGGGGAUGCGGCUGACGCAGCCUCUCCGCUGCCAGGCGGCCGACUGCACGGCGUUCACCAGCACUACCAGGGCGCUGGGACUGCGGUCAAUGGAACGGUGCCGCUGACCCACAUCUGA